AUGGAAUCCCCUGCUACAAACCCAGAGAUGAUCCACGUUGUCAACAAGGCCGACAACCGCCAACACGCUGUGGUGAAACUUCCUCCAUCUCUAGACCGCAGCCUGCCUUCCUCGUCGGUCCGUGCGCGACCAAUCCUUCUAGGACUGACUUCCAACAACCUCAGUUAUGCCCGUGGAGGAGAUCUAUUGCAUUGGUGGGAAACGUACCCGGUCCCGCCCAACGCACCGGCCCCAUACAACGAUCAAUCCUCCUGGGGCAUCGUCCCGGCAUGGGGAUACGCCACUGUCACGGAGAGCAAUGUCCCUGGACUCACCCCAGGUUCCCUUAUUUGGGGGUACUGGCCUACCUCCACGUCGCCCACUCUCCUGCGCUUGGAACGCAGUGAUCCGGAAGGCCACUGGGUGGAGGUUAGCAGCCACAGACAACAGCUGAUGCCUCUAUAUAAUCGCUAUGAGCGGGUACUCCCCGAUGACGAAAAAGGGUUAGAUGAGAGGGCGUGGGGUACGGUUUUCCGAGGGGUCUGGGUCGCCGGAUACCUCCUCAGUGAGUAUGUGUUUUCUCCUGACCCGCGCGCACGAGAACCCGUUCAUCCGCUUGGCGCGGCGAGUAAACUUCCCUGGUCUGCGGACGAUGCCGAUCUCUCGUCGGCUGUUGUAGUGGUUUUGGGAGCGUCGGCCAAGGUUGCGCGGUCGUUUUCAUGGUGUCUUUUCGGCCGUCCCAGGGAAAGUGGCCCCCUGGGUUUGGUACAGGUCACUUCGGCGCGUGGUGCGUUGCAGGAGGUGGCAGACAGAGAAGGUUGGGGAAGUGCGUCCAUGGCAUUGGCAUAUACGGAAAUCGACCAAGCAACUGAGUGGAUUGAGGGUCUACAGCCGUCCAAGGUCGUGAUUGUAGACUGCGGGGCGCGGGACAAUGCCCUCAGUCAGAUAUGCCAGAAUGUUCAGGAGUCGGCGCUCCGGUCGUGCAAAACUGUCAUCCUGCAGGUGGGCAGUCAGCAGAAGGUUUGUCUCUCUGGCUUCGCGUCUGAGGCAUUCCGUUGA